UUCGGGCUCCGCGGGUAGUGUGCGCGCGUGUGCGCCUCAUGAGGGUUUUUACAGCACAGGAAACCUGAGAUCCAGAGACAUCUGUCAGCUCAGACCUUUGCUUCUGCUGGGAACCAGACUUGGAGCCUGGGGCAUUACAAUGCCUAUUCCUGCUCAGGGGAAUUCCAAUUCCCAAUUCCAAAGGUUUUAUUUGGUUUCUCCAUGUUUCGGAUCGUGCUGGAUGAUUUCAAAGUCCCAGACUGAACACACACAGGGGAUUGAAGGCAGCACCAAGAUCUUGUAGGAUUGUCUCCAAGCAGAUCCUCCUACAAAGAUGUCUUUCCAGCUGGAAGAAACUGAUAGCAAGGAGUUCACACAGACAACACACUUUGAAGGAAGCAAUUGCACCCAAACAACUGAGUUCAACUUGGCAGGAUUUGCUGAGGACCCUGCAACUCGGGUCACCCUGUUCCUGCUAUUCCUGCUCACCUACCUUGUCACCAUCCUGGGGAACUUGGGGAUGAUCACUUUGAUCAGAGCCAGUCCCCUGCUCCACUCCCCCAUGUAUUAUUUCCUGGGCAACCUGGCUUUUGUGAACCUCUGCACUUCCACCAUUAUCACCCCCAGGCUGCUGGUUGUGGUUUUGUUGGGGAAGAAGGGAAUGGCCUAUGCCUGGUGCAUGGCUCAGGUGUUCACUAUUGGCCUGUUUCUGAUCACUGAGUGCUUUCUGCUGGCUACGAUGGCCUAUGACCGGUACGUGGCUGUUUGUCACCCCCUGCUCUACCCCCUUGUCAUGUCCCCAGAGCGCUGCUCCCGGCUGGUGACCGGCUCCUACCUCCUGGGGCUGGCCAAUGGCGUGGGACAAGCCAUCGGCAUGUCCAGCUUGUUCUUCUGCGGCUCCAGCGCCAUCGGUCUGUUCUUCUGUGACAUCUCCCUGCUGAUCUCACGCUCCACCUCUGACACCACUCUCAGCCUCGUCAUCCUGAGGACUGCUUCGUGUGUGCUCGGUGUUCCCACCCUCCUGGUGGUCCUGCUGUCCUACAUGGCCAUCAUCUCCACCGUCCUGAGCAUUAGCUCCGCUGAGGGCAAGCGCAAAGCCUUCGCCACCUGUGCCUCCCACCUCACCACUAUCAGCACCUUCUAUGGGGCAUUGAUUUUCAUGUACUUAAUCCCCAGGUCAGAUUCCUCCAGGGGAGUAGAUAAAUGGGCUGCUGUGCUCUACACUGUGGUGACCCCCAUGCUGAACCCAUUUAUCUACAGCCUGAGGAACCAGGAGGUGAAGGAGGCUUGGAAGAAACUCAGGAAAAUAAAAUGAGCUUGGGUGUAUUU